AUGUCUUUGUCUAAGAAAUUGUCCGUCAAGGACUUGGACCUCACCAACAAGAGAGUUUUCAUCAGAGUUGACUUCAAUGUCCCACUUGAUGGCACUACCAUCACCAACAACCAAAGAAUUGUUGCUGCUUUGCCAACCAUCAAGUACGCCUUGGAGCAAAAGCCAAAGGCUGUGAUCUUGGCUUCCCACUUGGGUAGACCAAACGGUGAGAGAGUUGAAAAAUACUCUUUGGCCCCUGUUGCCAAGGAAUUGCAAUCUUUGUUGCCAGGCCAAAAAGUCACCUUCUUGAACGACUGUGUCGGUCCAGAUGUUGAAGCUGCAGUCAAUGCUGCUUCUCCAGGUGAAGUGUUCUUGUUGGAGAACUUGCGUUUCCACAUCGAGGAGGAGGGCUCUAGAAAGGUUGACGGUAAGAAGGAGAAGGCUUCUGCCGAGGACGUUGAGAAGUUCAGAAAGGGUUUGACCGCUUUGGCCGAUGUCUACGUCAACGAUGCUUUCGGUACUGCUCACAGAGCCCACUCUUCUAUGGUUGGCGUUGAAUUGCCACAGAAGGCUUCUGGUUUCUUGAUGGCCAAGGAGUUGGAAUAUUUCGCCAAGGCUUUGGAGAACCCUAACAGACCAUUCUUGGCCAUUUUGGGUGGUGCCAAGGUGUCUGACAAGAUUCAAUUGAUUGACAACUUGUUGGACAAGGUUGACAUUUUGAUCGUCGGCGGUGGUAUGGCCUUCACCUUCAAGAAGGUUUUGGACAAGAUGCCAAUUGGUGACUCUCUUUUCGAUGAGGCUGGUGCCCAAAACGUUGAGCACUUGGUUGCUAAGGCCAAGAAAAACAACGUCGAGCUUGUCUUGCCUGUCGACUUUGUCACUGCUGACAAGUUUGACAAGGAUGCUCAAACCGGUGUUGCUUCUGAGAAGGAAGGUAUUCCAGAUGGAUGGAUGGGUCUUGACGCCGGUCCAAAGUCUAGAGAGCUUUUUGCUGCUGCCGUUGCUAAGGCUAAGACUAUUGUCUGGAAUGGUCCACCAGGUGUCUUCGAGUUCGAGAAGUUCUCUGCUGGUACCAAGUCUUUGUUGGAUGCUGCUGUGAAGUCUGCUGAAGCUGGAAACACCGUCAUCAUCGGUGGUGGUGACACUGCCACUGUUGCCAAGAAGUUUGGCGUUGUUGACAAGUUGUCCCACGUUUCUACUGGUGGUGGUGCUUCUUUGGAGUUGUUGGAAGGUAAGGCUUUGCCAGGUGUUGUCGCCAUUUCCGAAAAAUAA